GGGGAGGGACUUCUCUCCCGAUUGGUGCCCUGGCCUGUCAGUCAGAUGGUGGGGAAGCUGCUCCAUGGACAGCCAAGACAGGACAGAGGCAGAGGCGACUCCAACUACAAUGUUUUUGGACAGCGCUCCAUGGAGGGGCAGGUGUGGAAUGAGGACAUGUCGAAGUCCAUGCUGGGAGAGAGACUGAAGAAGGUUUUUCAGAACUACCAGGCCAUGAACAAGUACGGGGUGCAGUUCCAGGGAAACGGGGAUGCAGGAUCGGGUCACCGUAAGCUGAGCGGCCCAGAGCUCCUGUGCCGACUCAAAGGGAGAGUGAGGGUCAGCACCCUGACCUCUGACCUUGCGCCCUUCUCAGAGCUCCCCUGGGGCUUCCUGCUGCCUCCACAAGCUCUUACCACUGACCUGGGGCUUUUCAAGACUUGUGCCGUCGUGUCGUCAGCGGGGUCACUGAAGCAUUCUGGGCUGGGAAGCGAGAUCGACCUGCACGACGCGGUGCUGCGGUUCAACGCCGCCCCCACGGCGGGUUACGAGAAGGAUGUUGGCACAAAGACGACCAUCCGCCUCAUAAACUCCCAGGUGAUGGCAUCAGAUGACCACUACUUCCUGUCCAGCGCUCUGUACAACACGGGGAUCCUAGUGGCCUGGGACCCAGCCCCUUACUCUUCUGACCUGAACGAGUGGUAUAAUAAGACAGAUUACCCGAUAUUCCAGCAGUACCAGAAGUACCGGAGCAUGCACCCCAAGCAGCCCUUCUACAUCCUGCACCCACACAUGGAGUGGCAGGUGUGGGAGCAAAUCCAGGACAACAUGGCCGAGCCCAUCCAGAGGAACCCGCCCUCCUCCGGCCUGCUGGGGACGGUGCUGAUGAUGUCGCUGUGCGAGGUGGUGCACGUGUACGAGUUCCUGCCGUCUCGGCGCAAGACCAAGCUGUGCCACUACUACCAGCAGUUCUACGAUGAGGCCUGCACCGUGGGCGCCUACCACCCACUGCUCUACGAGAAGAACCUAGUGAAAAGGAUUAACCUGGGCCCCGACCGUGACAUAUACACCCACGGCCGGGUCACCCUGCCUGGGUUUCACACUUUCAGCUGUCCCCCGAGCCCCGCCCUCUGACCCGCCCCCGCAGGCUGGCUGACCACAUGCACCACAGCACCGCACAGUGGCCUUUGCCACCCAGCAAUGAGGUUGCAAACUGGAGGCCAUUUGUAAUUAUGUGGUGUCUCAGCACGUGGCGGUAAAACUACAUGUGGUAGAAACACCCUCAGACACAGUCCCUGUCCAGGCGGGGAUAACUUUCAGCCUAGUCUGCAAGCGGCAGUAGAGGGCAUGCGUCCUUUCACUGUAAUGUCUGCACAAGGUCUGCAGACUUUUGAAAAACAUUUACACAUGACUGCGUGAGCAAAGCAGGAGCAGAACAGUGUGAGAACAACGCGGGGAGGAGUGUGUGGGAUUGGCAGACGUGUCGCGCUCCCUGAAACCCUAUGAUAACUCCCUGAAUAACGCGGUAGCUGUGCGCAUCCAAACGCUUUCAGCCCUUCAGCCUCCAGGUGGUGCCCAAGCUUCUGAAGGCAGAUGCAGGCUUUUGGGAAGCGUAAACCGUAGAGGAACCACAGAAACC